GAAAGCAAGUUGCCUGCAGGAUACGGAAACAUUACACCAACAUCGCCGGCAGCACAACUUUUUUGUAUAGCAUUCUCCAUAUUUGGCAUACCGAUGACUCUAUUAACAUUAGCUAAUCUCGGCAAAUAUCUUACAAAAGGAUACUGGAUGGCAUUAGCUUGCGUGGGCCAGGAAAUGCGUUGGCGACCAUGCGAAAAUGCUAAAAUGCCAUUACCGACUCUUCUCGUACUGUUCUUGCUCACAUUCGCAUUUGGCUCACUGUUAUUCUACCAAAAAGGCAAAGGUUUCUCUGUGGAUGAUGUUUACUUCAGCAUUAUUAGUUUUGCAACUGUUGGAUUCGGUGACAAAUUUCCAACAGCAGAUGAUCCGUUACGUUUAAUAGCGAUGGUUUGUUACCUGGUAUGGGGUAUGAUUUUAAUGACAACCACAUUCUCCAAUGUAAGCAGCUAUCUCAGGACGGUAUGUUUUUCGGCUUCGCCCCGUCAGCUGAAGAGUGUGUUGAAAGAUCUGGAUGGUUUGAUAUCAGCAGCUGCGGAGGAAAAUCAACUUCUGUCAAGGCGAUCUUCGAUUCUGUUUAAAGGUCGCUGCUCCGUGAAAAAGCGAAUUGGCUAUUCCUUGCAGACCGAAAAUCCGGUGCAUUCCUGA